CAACGGCAGUCAAGUGGAAGUGUCGUAACUGUUUUACUCUAUAGCUCUGAUCCACACUAUAUAGCGACUAAAACCAUCGAUACAGCCAUCGACAGCAAUGCCACGUAGCUUCAGUGUGUCAUCGGACCCAUAGAUAUAGGAAUCCAUAUCCAGAGCGCGUUAGGGCAUUGUUGCGGUAAUGUCUACGUCUCAGACGCCGCAUCUAUCGAUAUUUUGUUUUACGAAUCGAUUUUAGAGCGUAAAGACCUGGUGUCGGAAGCAUCGAUAUUUCAAUAUCGAUCCGCACAUCACUACUACUGGACAGUACUUUGAUCUGCAAAUUGUUAACCACAGGUCACCUUGCUCGCAGCUAAACAGCUGCCCGUUUUGUUAACGUUCUUGCAACUGAAACGAAUGUAAUUUCGAUUAUUUCUUUUUGUUUAAACAGAGAGACAGCGUGGCCUGGACUCCCGCUCAUGUACCCGUAUGAACAACAUGUGCCCAGGCUGCCGUGCACGGCUGCGGAAGUGGCAUGGCUGCCGCGGGUCAUGCACCACUUCUACAAUCCGCUGUACCCGCGGGAGAAAAAGAGGUUGGUUCUGCAAAGAUCUGUGUUUGAUCUAAUCAACGCUCAUCCAUACAUGGCCUUAAAUGACUCCAAGCUGCUGGACUGGUAUUGUUGUUUGUCUGCAGAGGACAGAGACAUCAUCCAUGAUGAAGGAGGUUUUUGCCAAUUCCUGCAGAGUCAUCCUGACUUAGAGGUGUCAGUGCAUCAUGUCUAUUUAAAGUAUGGUGCUGCAAGCGCUGUUCCUGUCCUGCAGACCUUGACGUCCAACCAAUGCACAACACCAGGAUCAAAGACAUACAGAUAUGAAGAGCUGUACAAACAAGUCGGCUACACCAAGCAACCAGUCUGCCACCAAACCAGCUUCCAGGCGGUGUACCAGAACCCCGUGGCAGAGAAACACGGACAUGUCAAGGCCUACACAGUUUUGUCGCAGCUGUCCCAACUGAAUGAAGACAGUCGAUCGUUGCAGAUGGUUGAGAGUAGACUUCCAUCACUAUCAGAAUGGCCAACAGCUGCUAAAGAGUCUCCCUGUAAGAACAGAGGGAUGGAUCAGGCAGAAUACACUAAAUGGUCCACGGGUGAUUCUCCACUGCUGGGCCCAGUUGAGGAACACGCCACAGAGGAAUGGUGUCAAGAUAAAGUUCUGACCAGCAACAAGUUUGCUGUAGUAAACGAUGAAGAUCAGAGUGACUUCUACAGCAUCAUGGAGGAUGAUAAGAGCAUCCUCACCUGUCUGCCCAGAGAAGACAAUCUGAAAGUACAUCCAGUCACCAGUGAUAGCUCCUGUGAUGUGAUGGUCAGCACUGAUCCCAGACUGAGUACAUCAGCGUUCACCCAGACUGAAAGACCAGAAACAGCUGACAAACACGUCAUCACUGAAGUCCACAUGGCAGACCUGGACUAUCUGGCUGGGGAGUUCAUCAAACUGAAGAUGAAUCAAGACCUGAGAGAGAAAAUGAAAAGGAUGAAUGAACUUCCUGCAAACAUUGUCGAUGUUUUGCAAAAACUGGACUCUGACUAUAACCAGAUGAAGCAAGAGAUCCUGGCUGGAGUUCCUCUGGAGCAGCUGAAGCCUCUGUCCGUUGACUCUGAGAACAUCAUAAGAAGAACGAGUUACGUCCCUGCGCAGGUCACUCGCAAUGAAAACAAACUGAGAAAGAAGGAAAGAAGCAAAACAAGCAGAGCUGUUGCUCUUAUCCCACAAGAUGAAGAGGUAAAUGCAAGUGAGGCAUGGUACGACGCCAAAGAAGAUCUGGAGCUCCCUGAGACAGGACAGGAUCAAACAUCGAUCUCAACCAUUCCAAAGGACGUGUCAAGGAAUGAUGAAACCACAAGGUCAGCGUUAAUUGUCUCCAACCUACCCAGAAACAUGACCGAGAAUGAAGUGAUGCUGCUAUUUGAAAAAUACAGAGUCUCUGAAGUCAGAAUUUCUGCCUUGAACGAUUUCAGGGUAGCCAUAGUGAUGGUAUGUGGGCUCCAAUCAGCCGAGGCUGCGGUGAUGGAGUUGAAUGGAUGCUGGAUGCAAGGCCAUACUUUACACUUGGAGCACAUUGGAAGAGAUCCUGGUGGGAGCGACAGACGGGACCCAACCUCCGUCAGAGGACCAGAGGCUGAACUACAAACCUCCAAGACAAGAAAGCUCGUUUGCCAGCCUCUUCUCAGCUCCAGCAUUGAGAACAAGAAGGUGGUCUGCAUCCUGCCCAUGGCUAAGGGAACAUGUCCUUCCCAACGCUAUGUCACCAUGGACAGCUUCGAAACACUGAUGGCGGAGCUGACCGAGCUCCACCCAGAUGUCGAGAGACAGAGGAUUGUUGACGCUCUGGUGGAGCUGAGGAAGGCGUCCUCAGCAGCCUGCCACUCUGGACCAUCCAAGACAUGACGUCUGAUCUUCUGAACAGGCCAGCAGCAGCGUCUGUAUUUUAGUUUCAUACAGCACCAAAACCCCUGAAGUUUUUCUCUAUUUGUUCAGCGUUUCAUUGGUUUUGAUUGUUAUCAAAGCAGGAAGUUUUAGAUGUUAAAAGCGUCAAAGUAGUUCACAUGGCGCCUUAUUCUGUCAGUUAUUAGAGAGAGAAAUUAUUUUCUAAAAAAACUUUAAAACUUUAAGGAUUCAUAGUUAGGAAUAUGCAGGGGCUGUUUUGUUGUUCAUGUGUCAAUAAAAAACAUCUGCUCAAUAAUGUCCUCUGAUU